AUGGCAGCUUUAGUGAUAAAAUCCACAGUAAGCCAAAUUACUGUUAAACCCUCACCGUCCGAUCAUAUAUCACCAAGAAUCGAAAUCAAAUCAGCACUGAUUCCUGUGAAACGGUGUCGCAGUAGCAAACUUCCAGUCUUGGCGGCUUCAAUUCACGGUGGAAACGACCAAUCAAUCGAGGCGCAGAAGAAGAACAAUAAUGCCAACAACAUUCAAUCUAGUCUCUUGCAGGAUGCUGAAUACGACAUCGCUUCGAAAAACUCCCAUCCAAGUACGGAAUUGCAAAACUUCCACGGGCCAUUAUCAUCAACUCAUUCAUCCAAUUCAGUAUCUAAUGGGUCUCGCCUUCGCGUUGCUUACCAGGGAGUUCAGGGCGCCUACAGUGAGUCAGCAGCACAGAAGGCGUAUCCGAAUUGCGAGGCUGUCCCAUGCGAGCAAUUUGAUACUGUUUUUGAAUCAGUUGAAAGAUGGCUUGUGGACAGAGCAGUGUUACCUAUUGAGAAUUCACUAGGUGGGAGCAUUCACAGAAAUUAUGACCUAUUGCUCCUGCACAGGCUGCAUAUAGUAGGAGAAGUGAAAUACAUUGUUCGCCACUGCUUACUAGCCAAUCAUGGUGUUAAAGUUGAAGACUUGCAGAGGGUUCUAAGUCAUCCUCAGGCUCUUGCUCAAUGUGAAAAUACGUUAACAAAGUUGGGAUUGGUCAGAGAAGCAGUGGAUGAUACUGCUGGUGCAGCAAAGCAUGUUGCACUUCAAAAACUCGAAGACACGGGUGCUGUUGCUAGUUCUGCUGCUGCAUCGAUCUAUGGAUUGAAUAUAUUAGCCAAAGAUAUUCAGGACGAUUCUGAUAAUGUCACACGAUUUCUUAUGCUGGCGAGGGAACCAAUAAUUCCAGGCACAGAUAGGCCUUUCAAGACAAGUAUAGUUUUUUCAUUGGAGGAGGGCCCUGGAGUGCUUUUCAAGGCCCUUGCUGUUUUUGCUCUUCGGCAAAUCAACCUCACUAAAAUUGAGAGUCGUCCCUUGCGGAAGCAGCCCUUAAGAGCAUCUGAUGAUAGCAACAGUGGGCUUCCAAAAUACUUUGACUAUCUGUUUUAUGUGGAUUUUGAAGCAUCAAUGGCUGACGAGAAUGCACAGAAUGCCCUCAGGCAUCUGAAGGAGUUUGCUACAUUCUUGCGAGUUCUGGGGAGUUAUCCGGUGGACACAAGCAUGAUUUGA